UGCGCUGUGCCCUCUGUAAUAACCCACCCCUCAGCUCAGACGUCUCGUUCAGCUGCCAUCCUCCAUCCAAGAAGCCGAUAGAAACGCAGAUCUGCACCUAAACAUGAGCUUCACCGUAGAAGAGAGGGGAAACCCGAACUCCCUGAACUACCGCCUGUUCUUCAAAAAUGCCGAUGGGAAGUAUAUCUCGCCAUUCCACGACAUAUCCAUCUAUGCUGAUGAGAGCCAGAACAUCUUUCAUAUGGUUGUUGAAGUACCAAGAUGGACGAAUGCAAAGAUGGAGAUUGCAACAAAAGACCUCUUGAACCCAAUUAAGCAAGAUGUGAAGAAGGGCAAGUUGCGAUAUGUUGCCAAUGUUUUCCCUCAUAAGGGCUACAUUUGGAACUAUGGAGCCAUUCCUCAGACAUGGGAGGAUCCAGCUCAUAAAGACAGCGACACCUGCUGCUGUGGUGACAAUGAUCCCAUUGAUGUCUGUGAAAUCGGCAGUAAGGUGUGCUCCCGUGGCGAGGUAAUCAAAGUAAAGGUGCUCGGAGUCUUGGCCAUGAUUGAUGAGGGGGAGACUGAUUGGAAAGUGAUUGCAAUCAAUGUAGAGGACCCUGAAGCCAACAACUUGAACAACAUCAGUGAUGUCCAGCGCCUGAAGCCUGGUUAUCUGGAGGCCACAGUCGACUGGUUCAGGAGGUACAAAGUGCCAGAUGGGAAGCCAGAGAACUGCUUCGCUUUCAAUGAAGAGUUCAAAGACAAGGACUUUGCCAUUGAAGUAAUCAAGAGCACUCACAACUUCUGGAAAGCCCUCAUUUCCCAGCAAGCGAAUGCAGGAGAACUGAACUGCAAAAACACGUGUGUCUCGGCCUGUGACAGUCCUUUCUGCUGCUCAGCGGAUGAAGCUAAAGCUGCUGUCAGUGAGACAUCUCCUUGUGGAAAAGAAGAGCCUAUCCCCUCAUCAGUUGACCAGUGGUUCUACUAUGAGAAGAAAUAAUCCAGGAGCUGUUCUGAUUGGAGCAGAAUGAAAAUGGCCGAUGGAACCAAUAGAACGAUAUAUUAGGAACCAACAGGGUGACGGGGUGGUUGGAUGUGGGUCGGUGGUUGUCCUGUAGGUGGAGGGAUAGUUGUUAGAUGCUGUAGGGAAAGAGAGAAGUCAAAAAGUGCUCAUGUCUUGACCAAUUUAUUUUUCACUUAUUUAACAAAGAUCUCUUUGGAGAUGUGCUGUCAAACAGUGUACAGGUAGACACUUGUGUCUUGUAUGAGAAUAAACUGCUUUAAUAAAGCUUCUCUGGGUAAAUUA